UUUAAUAUUGUGUCGCGUUUUUCGGGUAAUGAUUGUUAGAAAGUGCAUUCCGAAUUUCCUUUUCGUUUGAGGUUCCUUAGUUAGUUUAUUUGUCCGUCAAUACGAUGCUGAAAGCUGUGAUACUGAUUGGUGGACCGGAGAAGGGGACCCGUUUCCGGCCACUUUCUCUCGACACACCAAAACCCCUGUUUCCGGUGGCGGGCAAACCCAUCAUCCAGCACCAUAUCGAAUCGUGUGCGCGGCUCAAGGAGUUGAAAGAGAUUCUCAUCCUUGGGUUUUAUCCGGCUGCACAGAUGCAGCAGUUCGUCAGCAGCAUGCAAAAUUUGUAUGACGUCAACAUACGCUAUCUGCAGGAAUUCACAGCACUGGGCACGGCCGGUGGAAUGUACCAUUUUCGUGACCAGAUUCGCUCCGGUAAUCCGAGUGCUUUUUUCGUGCUAAACGGAGACGUGUGUGCCGAUUUUCCGCUCCAGCCUCUGUACGAUUUCCAUCGCUCCAAGGGCGACCGGGCCCUGGUAUCCAUCAUGGGCACGGAAGCAACGCGCCAGCAGGCCAUCCACUACGGUUGCUUGGUGUUGGGAGCGAACGAGGAAGUGACGCACUACGUAGAGAAACCGAGGGGCUAUCUGUCGACGCUGAUAAACUGUGGCGUGUACGUGUGCUCAAUGGAUAUAUUUGGCCGCAUGGGAAACGUGUUUCACCUGAAGCAACAGGACCACUGUCUGCUGAACAAUGGCAACGGCAAGGACAGCGGACACAUUCAGUGGGAGCAGGACAUACUUACGCCACUCGCCGGAACCGGCAAACUGUACGCUCUUCCCGUGAGCAACUGGUGGUCGCAGAUUAAAACGGCCGGAUCGGCCAUCUACGCCAAUCGACACUAUCUGGCGCUGUACAAGCGUGCCCACCCGGAACGGCUGGCCAAUGCGGGCAUGAAGGAAUCGGAGAAUGGGGACGGAAGUCUCGUUUGCAACAUCAUUGCGGAUGUGCACAUCCAUCCGACGGCUUCCGUGCAUCCUUCGGCAACGCUGGGCCCGAACGUUUCGAUUGGACCGGGUGUCGUGAUUGGACCCGGAGUCCGCAUUCGUGAGUCAAUCGUCCUGGAGAAUGCGGUCAUCAAGGAUCACUCGCUGGUGCUUCACAGCAUUGUUGGCCGAGGAUCGCAGAUCGGUAUGUGGGCACGAGUCGAGGGUACCCCGAGUGAUCCCGAUCCGAACAAACCGUUCGCCAAGAUGGACAAUCCACCACUUUUCAAUAGCGACGGCCGGCUUAAUCCAUCGAUCACGAUUCUUGGGUACGCGGUCAGUGUGCCAUCGGAGAUGAUCGUGCUGAACUCGAUCGUUCUGCCGCACAAGGAGCUGAGCCGAAGCUUCAAGAAUGAGAUCAUCCUGUAGAACCGGUUUGUGUUUCUCCGAGCUGACCUCCGACAGUGGUUUGUUGUGCUAUUUUCCAAAUC